CCCUCAGCGACGAAGUGUGUAGGGAACACGGAGGGGGGCACGGAUGCUCGAGCAUGCGAUAAACAGUGGCCUAAAACAGAAGAUACCUCAGCGUAUUCUUUUAUUUUUUGCACUACUGGCUGGUUGGUACUGAGAGGAGACGAGCUUUUGGUCGUGAGGCAGAGUGAGAGGAUGCUGUGGCGAGCGGCGUGUGACCCAAACCAACACAGAUAACUAAUCUUAACGAGAAUUGAGAGUCCGUGUAUGUAGGAGAAAACAAAACAAACGCCUGAUUUCCCUGUCUCGCGUCGGCAUGCUUUGUGAGUUUUAAAUGCUGAGCAGUGUUGUGAUGAAGGCGUUGUGGACGAGCAGCAGGUUCCUGAGGCGACUGUGUGUUUGUGCUGGACUCAUCGCCCUCAGCUGGCUUCUCCGAGUAACAGAUCCUCCUGAUAGGGAUUUUGAUCUGAUUUGGUCUAAACGAAAACUGACUCAGCAGCAUGGAGAGUUGAACCAAACAUCCAGUGAACCCCGAGCUGCGAUCAGUGAAUUUCCUGAAGAUGUCUUCACUAAGGAGCAGAGAAGGCAUGGGGCGCUGCUGCUGCAUAUCCUCUGUGCUGUUUACAUGUUCUACGCCCUUGCUAUUGUCUGUGAUGUGUACUUUGUGCCAUCUCUGGAAAAGAUCAGUGAGAACCUACAUCUGAGUGAGGAUGUUGCCGGAGCCACCUUCAUGGCAGCAGGAAGUUCUGCUCCAGAGCUCUUUACCUCUCUGAUUGGUGUAUUCAUCACUAAGGGAGAUGUUGGAGUUGGCACCAUAGUGGGCUCAGCAGUCUUUAAUAUCCUAGUUAUCAUUGGAGUGUGUGGCAUUUUUGCUGGACAGACGAUCUCUCUCACCUGGUGGCCUCUCUUCCGGGACUCUGUUUACUACAUCAUCUCAGUCUUGGCUUUAAUUCUGAUCAUUUAUGAUGAAAAAGUUCUCUGGUGGGAGACUAUAGUCCUCAUAUCAAUGUAUGGAAUUUACAUCCUUAUCAUGAAAUUCAAUGGUCAAAUCUGGGGCUGGGUUGAACUGAGGUGUGGUAUACCUGGACAGCCAUGUUUGGUGAGCAGCCUACAUCAAGAUGUAGCAGUGGAAGAUGCUUGCACAAACUGUGACACUUCUAUGAUCCUGAUGAAGAAAGGUCAGUGUGCAAGUGAGCAGGACUCAGCCGUGGUGAUGGUGGAUGAGCUGAUGAGUCUGCAUCCUCACCAGUUCUCCUUAUCAGAGGCAAGCCUCCAUCUCAUGUUCAUCCCCCCUUCCCCCUCCCACCCACCCACACCCCUGACUGGGUGCAUGCUCAUCGCUGAGAGGCAGAGACUGAUCAUGAGCCGGAGCUCAGGGGAAAGUGUCAGUGGCACAGGAGAAAUUCCCGGUCUGGAGAGCCCAGGGAUGGAGGGGGGACCCUGGGGACUAGAAAAUGGUGACAACAUGGACAGCGAGACCCAACCUCUAGAAGAGGCGAGGACAAGGGGCAAGGGGGGAACAAUGGAGAGGGUGGAAGACACUGGAGACACACAGCCCAAAGACACAGAGGAGGAUGAAGAGGCACAGGAAGAACAACCCUUCAAUCCUCUGAUUGUGCCAGGAGGGUGCUGUGAACGGGUGAAGUGGUUGCUCUCGUGGCCUCUAAGUUGUCUGCUUUAUUACACUGUGCCCAACUGUUUGCUGCCACACUGGGAGCGCUGGUUCAUGGUCACCUUUGUGGUCUCCACACUCUGGAUUGCUGUUUUCUCCUACCUCAUGGUGUGGAUGGUCACCAUCAUCAGUUUCACACUGGACAUCCCAGAUGUGAUUAUGGGCAUCACGUUUUUAGCAGCUGGCACAAGCGUCCCUGACUGCAUGGCUAGUCUUAUAGUUGCCCGGCAAGGUAUGGGAGACAUGGCUGUGUCUAACUCAAUAGGUAGUAAUAUUUUUGACAUUCUAUUGGGCCUCGGUUUCCCAUGGGCUCUGCGUACACUUGUGGUGGAUUACGGGUCAACGGUCUCCAUUAAUAGUAGAGGACUGGUGUAUUCAGUUAUUUUACUGCUUGCUUCAGUCUUUCUCACAGUUCUCAGUGUGCAUCUGAAUCACUGGAGACUUGACCGGAGGUUAGGCCUGGGUCUUAUAAUCUUGUAUGCCAUCUUUCUUCUCUGCUCUAUCUGCUUUGAGCAGCUGUAGGUCACAUCUGACGCAGCUAGCGAAACUUUAUCCUGAAUAAUACGCUGGAUUAAUUUUCAUGAGGAAAUAUCACAUUACUGUAAUUAUUGCACCAGAGGCAUAAGGAGCAGGUCCUGUGUGGGUUAAUGAGUGAGUAGAGAUUCAUAAAUUAUAUUAAGGAGUUACUACUCAGUACGCACUCUAUUAUUUAUUCUACUGAUAAGAAGUAUUGAUACACUUGGAAAUCAAAGCAAAGUCAUGGCCUGCAUGCUGUUUGCACCCCACAAUGUAAUUUUUGAACAAGCCUGCAAGAGAUUUUAAAGAUAAAAUUAUGUUUGGACCACUAUUGCUGAAAUGUGCAAUAGUGAAAAAUAAAGAAGUUCCUGGUUUGGACACUGGGUGUCACUGAAGCCGAAUCUGUAAACUCUGCCUCUUUGCCAUAUUUAAAAGUUUAAAAGGCCUACAUUAAUCUUGUCAAAAUUUUGAGUAAACAGCAUGGCAGCACCAAAGAAACAAAAACAGAAAGUGAACACAGGAGGUUUUGAGUUUUUUAUUUUUAUUUUUUAUUUUUUAAUAAGGUGGCUCUGAAAUCAAUUACUCUGAAGGAAUAUGACUAGUGAAAUCUGUAAAAUAUUUAUUUAACCAAUACUAUUCAAACACACAGAAGAAACUGCUUAAAAAUCUUUUGACCCCAAUAAUAACCCCAAUAAGGCUGAAGACUGCUGGUAUAAGCACACUGCUAAACAUAGCAUAGAUUAUACACAACUGGCCAUUACAUCAGCUUGAGUCCUGCAAAGUGUAUAUCUUAAAAUUAUACUUAAAAUAUAUAGAUGAUUUUUUUGUUUGUUUGUUUUACUGUUUAAGCAGGAUUUUAAAGCUGUAACAAGCUGGUUAUGAUUAUUAAACAGGAUUAACAUAAAGUUCCGGAAUUAAGCCACAAGAUAUAAUGUUUACAAAACACGGGUCACUUCUUUACCUUGGGCUUGUACAUUUUCUACACUAAAGCAUCUAAAAUUAUGAACAAGACAACAAAACAAUUCAAAACGGCUCUUUGUUUUGCAAUGAGCCAAAUG